GCUGGUCUCAUGGGGGAGGAAGGGGAACAGGUGUCUGCAGCCCAGGGCCUCCAUCGCACUGCCCGGCAGCACCGACUGCUCGAAUGAAGAAGGUUAGGGAGAUGCUUGAGGCCUCUCUGAUCUUCUGACAUCUGUGACCAGCUGCCAGUGAAGAACAGUACAUGGCAGAGCCCAAAGACUGUACAGAAUACAGAAUUACAGAAUACAGCUCUUGAGCUCACACUCCAUUCUGUAGUUCAAAGCAUUCCAACACAUUUUCAUCCAGGAGUGUAAACCAAGACUGAAUUUCCAAGGCCUGGAUAUCUUCUCGGAUUUUCAUUCUGUGUUCUUGUGCGCAAGAUGUCAAAAAACACAACAGAGAACUCAACUAGCCCUCACCCAGCUCUAGGUCUGUUACUGGGAAGCCUUUCACUGAUCACUAUUGUCAUGAAUAUAUUAGUACUGUGUGCUGUGAAAACUGAAAAGAAGCUGCAGACAGUUGGCAAUUUACACAUUGUCAGCCUCUCUAUUGCAGAUCUUAUAGUUGGUGCUGCUGUUAUGCCACUGAGUAUUGUUUAUAUCCUAAGUGGUGGGUGGACUCUAGGCUCACCAGCCUGUUUGUUCUGGCUCUCAAUGGAUUAUGUGGCCAGUACUGCAUCCAUUUUCAACCUCUUCAUAUUGUGCAUUGACCGUUAUCGUUCAGUUCAGCAACCACUGAAAUAUCUCAAGUAUAGAACAAAACGGAAAGCAUCCCUAAUGAUUCUGGGGGUUUGGUUCCUCUCUUUCAUGUGGGUCAUUCCUAUCCUAGGAUGGCAUGUUUUUGUUAACAAUGGGGGAAGUGAAAAAGAUGAAAAUAAGUGUGAACCUGAAUUCUCUGAAGUCACCUGGUUUAAAGUGUUGACAGCCAUUGUCAAUUUCUACCUACCCUCAAUCAUGAUGUUAUGGUUCUACUACAAAAUAUUCAGAGCUGUUCGAAAGCACUGUCAGCACCGAGAGCUGAUCAAUGGAUCACACCAGACUGUCUCAGAAAAAAGAAGGAUACACAAUAAUAAGACAAAAGAUGAGACAAAUAUUUGCCUCCAGAAGCAAAUCUUAGAUGAGAAGCCCCCUCCCAAAGACAAGCAAAGCUCCUUUCAGCCCAAAAAUAUGGAGGCAAAGCUUUCUUUCAGUAAUCCUGACAAAUCUUCAAACGCAUUUGUUAGCAAGAGUAAGAGGAAAGUCCUUAAAUGGAGCUGUUUUCCUCUCACCACUGCCCAGUCUGAGCCAGGCCUGGAUAAAGCAGGAACAGAGCGUGUGUGUGUAACAAAAGAGAAUGAGAAUGAAGAGGAGCUUUGCUCACAAGAUAGUGACUUAAGUGAUGCAUCAGACAACCGGACUUUCACAGAGGAGACAUCCAACAGAAAGCCCUCCAGUCCUAACCCUGAAAGAACCUGCCGUCCUCAGGAAAAGACUGAGAACCAGGAUUUCAGAGGGCUGACUUAUCUGAGGAAAACCUGGCAGAGCCUGCAUACCCACUCCAAAAGACACAUUCAAGGACUGCACAGGAACAGGGAGAGAAAAGCAGCUAAGCAGUUAGGGGUCAUAAUGGCAGCAUUUAUGCUGUGCUGGAUUCCCUAUUUUGUGUUAUUUAUGGUAAUAGCUUUCCAUGGCCAUGAACAAUAUUCAGUCUUACACAUGUUCACUAUAUGGCUCGGAUAUGUGAACUCCACAUUAAAUCCAUUCCUGUAUCCUCUUUGUAAUGAGAAUUUCAAGAAGACAUUCAAAAAGAUCCUUCACAUUCACUGAUAUUGGCCUGGUUUUUUUUGAGCUAAAGAGCAGCUCAAGAGUUCAGCCAAGCAAAAUGUUCCAGUUUCAAAGACAAAAACACGGAUAAAGUAGAAGACUUUGCACAAUUUCAACUUAUAAACAAGUGUUAGUAAAAGUGGAAAAUAUGCAUUUUACAUCUUUAACACAUUUGAAGAACUAAUUCAGAUCAGGAGUCGGAAAAACUCGGACAAUCUCAGAACUGUUACAUUGUUGUACACAUUUUACAGCUUGAGAUUACCUCUUUCAUGAUGUAGGAAAAAAUUAAAAAGGAGAUAUAGAAUAGAGAGAUCUUCAGUGCUUAUAAAUUAUUCGGCUACAGAAAAGGAAGAAAUAGAAUAAGAUUUCUGUGAUUGGCCAAAUAUUUUUUUCUCUCUCAACUUACUCCAUUAAACACAGGAACACAUUGCUUGUGAACAGAGAUCAGCAAGAGGAGGUACUUUGCAUAGUCAAAUAAAGACAUUUCAACUGUUUAAUAAAAUCUCCCCUAUUUAUUUAUAGCUUCCCCCAAAUCAUAAACUUUUUUGUAAUGUCAAGUCAUAUUGUAGCCUACUGUAUUUAUUUGAUAUAAUGCUUGCUUCUUUUAUACCUGUAUGUGUUAACUUCACUGAAAAAAAGUAUUUUACAUCCUAGAAAUUUUGCUAAGACUUUCCAUACUCAACAAACUGUCACUAUCUAUUCAAGAAGGCUAUGCUGUUGUUUCUAGACUUACAAAAUAUAGUUGGUUGUAGACUACACAUAUUUUCUUGUUCCUACAAGUUGGCAAAUAACCUAAGCAUGCAGCAGAAAUACCAAUCCACACAUCCUUGUUUUGUAGUAGGCAAACUCUUCCUACUAUAAUGAGACAAACUCAUAAGCAGCAACUCAAGGUUGUAAAACAGAAAAUAAAAUACCUGAUGUUUACCUUUUCUAUCCUUUAUAUUUGAUUGCAUUUUAUAACUCAUGCUGUAUAAUAUUUCAGGAGAAACACACAAUAAUUGAAUACUUCAGGUUGGAAGGGAUUUCAGGAAGACAUCUAAUACCACCUAUGGCUCAAAGCUGGGCUGCCUUUGACAUUACAUCUUGUUGCUGAGAGCCUCAUCCACAAUGACUGACAAGCAGCUGUAAAAACAGCUUCAUCUGGAAAAGCUGGAGGCAGCCCCAACAGAGAAGUCUGCAGAUAAAGUUCACUCUACCAACUUUGGGUGUUCACUUGUUCAGCAACUGAUUUAACUGUUUCUAGGUACUGACUAAUUCUCAGAACCAGACAUGCCCUGUCGUACAACAGGAAUAAACCCCCCUUUCCUAGGUGCAGUCAGGUUUGCAAAGAAAACAUAGUUCCUCAGCAAAAAAGUACAGAGUGGCAUAUGUUGCAUGAGCUAACUUCUCAGGAAACUUUACAGAACAAUUACAUCAAAAUAAGUAAAGAGUAUACAGCUUGGGGAGCAGGAAGGAGAAGGGAGGCAGAGGAGCUCUCAGGAGCUGUAUUAUCUGAGUAUCUCAAGACCAUGCACCACCCUGUUUGUGGCACACAGUGCAACACUCUUUCCUCCUCUGCUAUGCAACUAAGCGAGAGAGCCUUUUUGGGCAAACACUGUGGAGUGUGUUAGUGUUAAGAAGAAAUCCUAGAACCAGGUAACUUCAACAGCUCAAGUCACGUUUGCAUGCAAUGGUGAGUUUAUGUAAGUCUUCUCCACCUAUUUUGGGAAGGAUGAUUAGAGGUAUCCUGAAGGUUCAAUAUAAAAAGACUGUCCUCCCAUUCAUUUUGUUGUGCUAAUGAAUUUACCACUUCCUGAAUGUUUUCUUGCUUCUGACAUGGCUCAGUUAGCUUAACAACAGAGUUGUGUUGGAAGUGGAACUCCUUCAACUGAGUGCUGCCAAGAGUUUGGUGGGAUGAGUUGAAGGGAUGUUCUGUGUCAUAUAUUUAUUACAACAGAAGUGAAAAAUGGUAGUUUAAUGGUGGGAGGAAAAAUUGCAUUCUAUGUUCUUAAUUAACAAUCUUGAGCUACUUAAGAGUCCCCUGUGCCAUGUGUGCCCAUUUUGUAAAGUGAAUAUGACAAGACUUACAGUAACAAUACAACACUUAAGAUAAUGUUUUCAUGAUGCUCCUAAAGAUUAGAUAUAAUACACUAACUAAAUGCCAAGUAUUAUUACCCUCUGUCAGUUUUACUUCUGUGAA